AAGCUACGUGAUAACGACGCCCCGCAAGUGGAUAUCUGGAGAAGAUGCUCAAGUGUGCGCCUUUAUUGUGAAUAACACUUCUCCCGUACACUUCUUCACAGUUGCUCUCAAGUCCAGACGUUAUCCUGAAGAACUUACUGGUCCCAUCACCCUCAUCAAAAUCCCUGAAGGUAAAACAGAACUUUGUGAAAGGCUUGUUGUUGAUGGCGUGAGCAGUCAAGAACUUUGGUUUGAAGUGAGAGGAUAUUUAGGAGGGAAGGAAGUCCACCACAGAAAGCCGAUAUCCCUUGUAAGUCGUGUCAUGAAGACAUUUAUCCAGACGGACAAAUAUAUAUACAAGCCUGGUCAAGAUGUCCAAUUUAGAAUACUCACCGUGAUUGGACCAUAUCUUAAUGUUUCCACUGAUAAGUAUCUGGAAGUGUGGGUAGAGACGCCGUCUGGCAGCCGCGUGGCUCAGUGGACUGAUGUCCAGAACCCUGGACUUGUGCAGCUCUCUAUGAAGCUUACUGACGAGCCACAAGAGGGAAGCUACAAGAUCCUGGUGCGUGCACACAGUGACGAAGAGCCAGUCACACGAACCUUCAAGGUGGAGGAGUAUGUGUUACCCCGCUUUGACGCCACACUCACAACCCCCAACUAUCUCCUCCGCUCACACACCAAGUUUAAUAUUACCGUCUGUGCAACAUAUACUUAUGGUCAACCUGUAAAAGGCAAUUUAACACUGGAAAUCACGAAACAAGGACGGAAGAAGAGCAGGACUACUGACAUUAUAGAGGACAAGAUUUUUGGCUGCAAAGAUAUUGAAAUUUUAGCUGCGUCUCCAGAGACGAACGUGAAGUUUCUGUAUGGUAAAAUCUUGUAUGUGAACGCCACUGUGGUGGAGAACGGAACUGGAGAAGUGUUUAAUGUAUACAAGAAGAUAACAAUACACAACACUGCAAUAAUCUUCAUAAACGUCGGGAAGGAAGACUUCCUCAAGCCUUAUCUUCCCUUCACUGGACAGGUAAAGGUAGCUUUUCCUGAUGGCAGCCCAGCUGGGGGGAGACGUAUGGAAGUGUGUGUUCAAACAUGCUGCAAGAAUAUCUCCACUUCUCCGGCCGGUAUCCUCGAGUUCAUCUUUCAAAAUGACAACGGCGACAAUGUCAAGGUCGUCUUCAUUCACAAGCUGGGCCAAGUAAUCAAUACUCAAUUGAAUUUGGCACAGAGCAUUCAAGUGUUUGAUGGCCCUCACUUGGCCCAGCGGGAAGAUACUCGUCACAUUAGCCAAUAG